AUGGCUGCUGAUGGGGCCAUCUGGAUGGAGACCUGGAACUCGGGCUUGUGUUUUCCAGGCUGUUUGUCUCUGACAGGCCCCAGCUCUGUGACUGGCAGCACGGGGGGCUCUCUGAGAGUGUGGUGUCAGUAUGAGAGCAUGUACAAGGGAUAAUACUGGUGCCGAGGACAGUACGACACGUCAUGUGAGAGCAUUGUGGAGACCAAGGGAGAAGAGAAGGUGGAGAGGAAUGGCCGCGUGUCCAUCAGAGACCACCCGGAGGCUCUUGCCUUCACUGUGACCAUGCAGAACCUCAAUGAAGACGAUGCUGGAUCUUACUGGUGCGAAAUUCAGACAGUGUGGAUCCUGGAUUCGUGGUCACGUGAUCCCUCGGCCCUGGUUAGGGUGUAUGUUUCCCCAGCAACUACAACCCCAAGGAGGACCACACGUCCAGCCACACCUCCCAUCUUUCUGGUGGUGAAACCUGGGUGAAACCUCAGCACCGGGGAGGUGUUGACCCAAAAUUCAGGGUUCCGGCUCAGCAGCCCUCACUUCCUGCUUGUGGUCCUUCUGAAGCUGCCCCUGCUCCUGAGCAUGCUGGGUGCUGUCUUCUGGGUGAACAGGCCUCAGUGGGCUCCUGCUGGAAGAUAG